ACCCGUCAGAUUCGGGGAGCGUUGGCAGCUUUCAGUGAACGGCGGAACGCAGGUAACAUUUGGCGGCGGAGCGCCCGCCAUUCCUGGUCGCCGGUGAACCGCCUAAAAUGGCGGGAGUAGUGGUGGUUUUUGAUUUUGAUCGGACGAUCAUAGACGGCGACAGUGACAAUUGGGUGGUCACGCAGAUGGGACUCUCCGACCUGUUCAACCAGCUUCGCCGCACCUUACCUUGGAAUUCUCUCAUGGAUAGGAUGAUGAAGGAGCUUCACUUACAAGGAAAAACAGCUGAAAACAUAGCAGAGUGCUUGAGACAUGCUGUGUUGGAUCCACAGAUUGCUUUGGCCAUAAAAUCAGCUCAUGCUAUUGGAUGUGACUUGAGGAUUAUUAGUGAUGCAAAUCAGUUUUUUAUUGAGAAAAUCUUGGAACAGCAUGGUCUGUUGAGUUGCUUCUCUAAGAUCUACACAAACCCAACUCAUGUAGACCAAGAAGGAAUGCUCAGGAUCUUUCCUUACCAUGACUCCACCACAUCUCCUCAUGCUUGCCCUCGGUGUCCUCCAAAUAUGUGCAAGGGUCAAGUGCUUGAUCUCAUCAAUGCUUCCUACCCUGAUGGUGAGAGGCAAAGAUUUAUCUACCUUGGGGACGGGGGAGGUGACUACUGUCCAACUUUGAAGCUUCAAAGCUGUGAUUAUGUGAUGCCAAGGAAGAACUAUCCAUUAUGGAAUCGCAUUCACUCAGAUCCAGUGCUUAUCAAGGCAGAAGUCCACGAAUGGAGCACCGGGGAAGAGCUUGAGAGGAACCUACUUAACAUUAUCAACACAAUCUGCAUCAAAGAAACUAGUAAUGGUAGCAACCCUAGUCAGCCUAACUCAUCUGAUUGCAAUCUGAUACUGUGAGAAUCUCUUCCCAAGAAACACCUAUUAAAAAAUCUCCCUGUUCCUGCUAGCAAUUGGAUGAUUAAUUAAAGGCGAAUGCCCCUAUUUGCACCCUACACACUUUUUCUUUCUGUGAUCAACACUCUAAAUUAAUUUUCAUCUCGGUUAACACUUUUCACUAUACAAAACUUGUGAAAAACUCAAAAAUUUAUAAUUAAACUCUAUUUGUACUUUGAUUUUGUGGUCAAAUCUUUUAUUUACAACAGGAUUUUGUUGAUAAUUUGGGAAUUUUGACUGAUUUUAAAUUAUAAAAAGUGUUGACCAAGACAAAAAUUAGUUUAAGAUGUUACCAUAAAAAGGAAAAGUGUGUAGGAUGCAAAAAUAGGCCUUAGUCGAAUCAAUAACUUUAAGAAACCGUUACCAAUAGAGGGAAUGGAGUUUGAAGUUAGCAAUCUUGACUGGAGUUUGAAUAAGCAGCAAAAUUUUUAUACGCUAGUUCAUUGUGGAUUGGGGUACACGCAUUCUUAUCUAUUUAAACCGAAAAAAUGUUUAUCAACGGGACAAGAAUGUAAACUCCUUUUUAUGGUGCUUUUAUAUAAAAUGGUGUAGUUUUA